GUGGGAACAUAAUCCAUAGCGUUUUGACUCGCAACUCCAUUGCGUCUUCGACACUGAACACCCCACACGACCGACUCAACCAGGGUCGCCCCUCCCUCGCCGCCUCUUUCUUUCUUUCUGCUCUAAUCGAGCUACGAGUCGGCUAGCAUGGGUCAAACUCUUUCUUCCCCCGCAACGAACAAAAUCUCAGACUCGGGUGGUAAUUCACGGUUCCAGUAUGGCGUAACGGAGAUGCAGGGAUGGAGAAUCACAAUGGAGGAUUCCCAUGCUACGGUCCUUGAGCUCGACGAAGGGAAACAAGAAGAGUCCAACACUUUUUUCGCGGUCUACGAUGGCCAUGGGGGAAGCACUGUCGCCAAGUUUGCAGGGCAAAACGUGCACAAACGAUUGGUCGCCGAGGAGUCAUACAAGGAACAGAAUUACGAGCAAGCUUUAAAGCGAGCUUUCCUCGGAACAGAUGAAGAUAUAUUAGCCAAUCCCGCCCACACUCGCGAUCCAUCAGGGUGCACGGCUGUGGCGGCCCUGGUCACGAAAGAUAAGAUCUAUGUGGCCAACGCUGGAGACUCCAGGGCUGUGAUUAGCGUCAAGGGUGAAGUAGAACCUCUCAGCUUUGACCAUAAGCCGGCGAAUGAUGUCGAGAAGGCCCGUAUCUCUGCCGCCGGUGGUUACAUCGAAUUCGGUCGCGUGAACGGAAAUCUGGCUCUGUCCCGUGCGAUUGGCGACUUUGAGUUCAAGAAGAAUUACAACAUACCACCCGAGCAGCAAAUCAUCACCGCAAAUCCCGAUGUUACCAUUCACGACAUCACGGAAGAGGACGAGUUUCUCGUCAUUGCUUGCGAUGGCAUCUGGGACUGCCUCUCAUCGCAACAAGUCGUCAACUUCAUCCGAUAUCAAGUCUCAGAGGGACACAGUUUGGUCGAGAUCGGUCAGAACAUGUGUGAACACUGUCUCGCACCCGACACCAAUUCUGGUGCUGGCAUCGGAUGCGACAACAUGACUGUCCUGAUUGUGGCAAUAUUGAACGGACGCACGAUGGAAGAAUGGAGCGCUUGGAUCACUGAUCGAGUGAAGAAUGAAUAUGGGUACAAAACGCCGAGUGUGCUGCCUCAACUCUACGCGCAGAGCCGUCUCUUGUCUUUCAGAGCCCGUCGAGAGGCCCACGAGGCGAGGGAACGAGCUCGACAGGAUCAGGCGUCCUCCGGAGACGACUACUCUGGGUUUGGGAGCAGUGGGUUCGGGCAGUUGACCAGAGUGCUGGGAAGCUCCGGAGGCAUCUCCUUCCACCCUGGUUCGGCAAUCAUAAGCGAUUCGGGUGCACUCAUGUUCGGCUCGGCGGACGAAGAUUCGGAAGAUGAGAGCGGGGAGGAUGAUCUCGAGAACGGUCGGUCCUACUUCAAGGAGACCAUCCUGGGUCGCGACGAAUCUACAGACGCGAUGCAGAAGCUCCAAGCCCAGCUUGACCAGUUCGAAAAGGGUGGCCAUGAGAUGGACGAGGAGGUCGCGGCAGAUAACCAUGGGGUCUCUGCUGCUGCAGAGGCACCGUCUGCCUCGAAACCGAACGGUGAUACCACGGUUGAGCCUGUAGAACAAUUUACUUCAACCCCAGCUGGCGAUGCGCCACAUCCCGUGGCCGCAGUGGAGGGUCUCAUGGACACGAGCGACGAUCCCAUUAAGGCUUAACUGUAUAUGUCUGUAAUCUGUUACAUCCACUGGUUUUACUUGCGUCGCAUAAUUUCAUGUCCUGUGUACAAUUCACAUUUGCAUCGGGUUAUACAAUGUUUUUCACGACCACCAAUUCCUUUUCGGUCAAUGCCAGGAUGAGCACGUCGUUUCCGACAUGGAUUGCACCAACCCCCAGAAGAGAGCCCUGAUUUCCGGCCCGGAGCACAGCCUGCUUGGCCCAAUUUUGUCCUGCCGGGGCCGCACGAUAUAUGUACACAUUUCCUCCCCGGUUGUGCAUUCCGUUUUCAAACGCCAAGACCGCUGAAUUUGAAAUGUGGUGUGUGAAUCGUGUGUCUGUUUUCGAGGCCAGGACGAAUGACAGGGCGGAGAAAGUGCUCGAGUGAGUCCAAGUCGCUGGAUCCUCGUCGUUCGAAAGUGCUGGCUGCAGCGUAAAGACAGUACCAUCGAUACCAUUCUUGAGUACAAGACUGCAGAUCAGGUUACUCCCGGGCAGGUCGGUCGAAAGGAGACGGCCAGGGAGCUCUCCACUUUGCGAUGCCCAACUUGGCGAGGCGCCGUUCACUUUCACCCAGGUCAACUGCGUAUUUUUACCGAUCGAAAGGUCAACUUCGUCAUCCAUCUCUCCCUGUGCAAGACUGGGAAGUCCCGUUCCCAGACCUAAGCCACUGGCAUCCUCGCCCCCGUGCAGCGAAGUUGUGUAUUUUUCGAGAGAUUCGCGGAUCUUCCAAAGCUCGGAUGGAUCGACGGUUUCGGGAACUUCAGGAUCGUCGGACGAGGUGCCGGACGACUCGAAGAGAUGCGACCAGCGUGUGCCCUCAUGUUGUUUGUCGAGAUGAAGGGUUAAUAGACCAAGGUGGUGGUCACCCUCGCGGUCCCAUGUCCACAUGCUCGAGGAUACGGCAACAGGUCCCCAUAAUCUUUUAGAGGAAUAAUGGGGAAGAGGCAUGUCAGUUGCGAUAUCGUCUUUGAUGUGCAGGGUCAAUGCGUGCGGUGAAAAGGUCACUUGAAUGCAGGCUGUGGGCGUGCUUGAAGGAAGAGGCAGGACGACUGUCACGGAAUCAGAGGUUUGUGUCCACGAGUAUGGCGGAGGAGGGGUUACAUCGAGACUCUCAUUAGCCCGUGGAAUUGGAACUAUUUCAUCUGCAGCGGGCUCGUAGGCUGGUACAUCGGGACCCUCGAUAACAGUAUAAGCACAUUCCCCCAUGAUCACAAAAGUGCCUCUGGAUUCGUCAUAAAAGACAUUGAACGGCACCGCGGAGCCUCUGCGUUGCCAUUUCACAUCGAGAGGGAGCACGGCAUCAGAUCGAGAUAUUUCUGAGGAUUUUUGGAGACGGAUUCCGUAGAUAUUGAAAUUGACGGUUUCGGUCCGGGAGGAGACUGGUGAUCUCGCCGAGAGCACAAGAACGGUUUCGUCGACCAGGGUUUUCCCGAUAUGGAUGCGGAAGGGAUCAGAAGCCGGUAGCCGAUAAACUCCUCGCGUGCCAAGUACUUCUUCGCCGCAAUCCUCCAAGAAGUAAAGAAGACCAGCACCAUCUGACACAGCGACGUGUGUAGAUGAGAGCGUUGCGACCGAGGGGUAUUCAUGAGUUUGAGUGUUUGAUGACUGGAGGGGACGAGGCAUUUCAAACAUAGAGCGGAAAGACGGAGUGGACGCUCCCUAUUAGCAUCGCAGGUCAGCCCAUGGUCGCAAGCGUGCAAGAACAUGACAUACAUCGAAGCUCACGACGAUGACAUGAUAAUCUGCAUCAACAUAGAUGGCUCUCGAAGAACCUUGCCAUAUGGUGAGGUGGUUGUGUGUAAUGCGGCUCUGGACUUCGUGGAAAGAUAAUGGGUGGUGGGUGGACACUGUAGCUUGGGUGAUGGGAUACUGGAGAGAAUGGUGUGCAACGCACUCUUCCUGGUCGAUGGCCUCAAAUUUGUACCCAUCAAACUUGGGAUUGAGGAGAUUCCGAUUUGUGAUCAUGGCAAAGGCAAAGGCAAUCGCCAAGGAAAUGGAUGAAGAGGAACUCGAAAGAGCGCGGCGGGCGCCGGAACGGAUAGUCACACAGCACGUGCAGCAGGCGUCACGCGCAGCAAUGGAAAGCACGAUCACGGAAUCAAUGGUAAGGGCGAUAGAUCCGAACAUAGAAUGCAGUCAGUGUGGGAUGCAUAUAGAAACGGAAUCUUUGGGGAUGCAGCUCUCCCCCUACCCACUCGCAUGCCUCCUCCCAAUCUCAGCGUCCUGCGAGCACCAUAUGCCAGUCUGGUUCGCGAGAUCUAUCUGCGGACAUACCAGAUGCUCUUCUGGAGUAUCCUGUUUUCACCCCGGGUCAUGAUUCUGAGGAUACUGCGAGCUUGUGUCCAAAGCACAAUGCCUAAUCUGUAAACGUGCCUCCAUCUGGCUCAGACCUCCAGGAAGUCUGGAUCAUCUUCCACAAGCAUAUCCAGC